UCGACUCCGGAGGCGCCCGCAGCCCCGGCGUCCGCCCCACUGCCCCCUUCCCGGGGGCCAUGGGGGAGCCCCCGGGAUACCGGCCCUCGGCUUGGGUUCAUCUCCUCCACCAGCUGCCCCGCGUCGACUUCCAGCUCCGCCCGGUGUCCAGCGGCUUCGCGCCCCAAGAACAGGAAUACCAGCAGGCCUUGCUCCUGGUGGUGGCCUUGGCAGGCCUGGGCCUGGGCCUGAGCCUCAUCUUCAUUGCUGUCUACCUCAUCCGCUUCUGCUGCUGCCGGCCCCCAGAGCCACCUGGGGCCAAGAGCCCCCAGCCCGGAGGAGGCUGUGUUACCUGGAGCUGUGUGGCGGCCCUUCUCGUCGGCUGCGCCGGUAUUGGCAUCGGUUUCUAUGGCAACAGCGAGACCAGUGACGGGGUUGCUCAGCUCAGCUCUGCACUGCUGCAUGCCAACCACACACUCAACACCGUUGACCACCUGGUGUUUGAGACAGUGGAGAGGCUGGGUGAGGCGGUGAGGACAGAGCUGACCAACCUGGAGGAAGUGCUCACUCAGCGCACGGAGCUGGUGGCUGCAGCCCGGGGGGCCCGGCGGCAAGCAGAGGCUGUGGCCCAGCAGCUCCAGGGGCUGGCAUUCUGGCAUGGAGUGCCCCUGAGCCCCCUGCAAGUGGCUGAAGACUUAUCCUUUGUGGAGGAGUACAGGUGGCUGGCCUACGUCCUCCUCCUGCUCUUAGAACUCCUGGUCUGCCUCUUCACCCUCCUGGGCCUGGCGAAGCAGAGCAAGUGGCUGGUGAUCGUGAUGACAGUGAUGAGUUUCGUGGUUCUUGUCCUGAGCUGGGGCUCCAUGGGCCUAGAGGCAGCUGCCUCAGUGGGCCUCAGUGACUUCUGCUCCAAUCCAGACACCUACAUCCUGAACCUGACCCAAGAGGAGACAGGGCUCGACUCAGACAUCCUGAACUAUUAUUUCCUCUGCAACCAGGCGGUCUCCAACCCCUUUCAACAGAGGCUGACUGUGUCGCAGCGAGCUCUGGCCAACAUUCACUCCCAGCUGCAGGGCCUGGAGAGAGAAGCAGUUCCUCAGUUCCCCUCUGCACAGAAGCCUCUGUUGUCCUUGGAGGAGACACUGAACGUAACAGAGGGAAACUUCCACCAGUUGGUGGCACUGCUGCACUGCCACAGCCUGCACAAGGACUAUGGUGCAGCCCUUCGAGGCUUGUGUGAGGAUGCCCUGGAGGGCCAACUCUUCCUGCUGCUCUUCUCCUUGCUGUCUGCAGGGGCCCUGGCCACUGCCCUCUGCAGUCUGCCCCGAGCCUGGGCACUCUUCCCGCCCAGUGACGACUAUGAUGACACAGACGAUGACGACCCUUUCAACCCUCAGGAAUCCAAGCGCUUCGUGCAGUGGCAGUCAUCUAUCUGAGCCUCUUCUCCCUGCCAGACUGGAGCCAGCCCCCCAUCUCCGUUCCUUCCCUGGAGGCCGGAGAAGACCCCACUAACCCUGCCUGACUGGGCUCUGACCACUAACACCCCUGGCCAUGGAUACCCCAACAGGACACCUCCCUGCCCUGCCCCCACCCCUCCCUCCAUUUCUCCUUAGCCCUGGGAGUAAGCUGAAGGGCGCAGGCCAGGGACCAGGGCUGGCCAAGGAGGGGGACAGCCAGCCCCGUAACCCCCAUCCCUGGCAGGCAGCCCCCUCCUCUAAAGGACUGAGCUGGGGAAGGGGCCACAAACCCUUCCCCCACAUCCCGGUGGGCUCAGGCCUCCUGUCUGAACUCAUGGCACUAACUUGGAAUGGGCUGAUUUGAAAUAAAAGAAAAGACUUUAUUUUACAAGCAGCCAUGUC